UUAGUUGAUCCACUAUUGGAUCCAUCCACCACCGUGGAUUGAAGCAUUAUGUACCACGGUAUUACGGUGUUACACCGUGAGCAUUACUUAGAAACGUAGAUUGUGAACAACAAAGUUUUUUGAACUAGAUAAUUCGAUCUUUUUCGAAUUAUUUAUCUUUAUUUUACGACUUUAUAAAAUAAUUUUAAAAUAUUCUUACAUAUAUAUAUAUAUAGUUUACUCUACUGAUAUUGUACAGCUAACUCGAGAGCAGCAUCCGUGAUUGUAUACAUAUUGUUACGAAUAUUUGGUCGAGAUUGUCGAUGUCUGUUAUGAUAUCGAUACUUGAAAUGUUCUUGGUGACACCAAGUUGGCGUAGGUUGCACGUUGCAGCGUCGUUUUGGUAAUGACGUUGUAACAAGUAACAGGAGAACAACGGGGAACAACAAACAACAGAACGGAGAGUCGGUUGAUGGACUUCGUUAGGAGUGGAUGUAACACGAAUCCCUCCUCUCGAAAUAAAGAAUAUAGGAUUUGUUUAUAAUACGUCCUGAUUAUUUUAAUUAUGUCACAAUUAUGUGCAACAAUAUUAUGAUCGGUGUGCCGUCUGUGACGCGCUAGUGCAAAUCUAUACAUAUCUAUGUACAUAUAUAAUGUAUCUAUACACAUGUAAAAAUCGUUCGUAGAGUACCGUUACCGCGUGUUACAUAGCCACAUCUACAUAUUUCACUGGUGUGGAUUGUUGACAUAAUAUAAUUUAUUAUCAUGGUUUUUAAUAUUUUUUCUUCAUUUCGAUCGUUUAAAGUUAUGUGUAUGUCAUAACACAUUUCAUGUACAUAUGUUUUUUGACGUUUACAAGCUAAUUAUAUAUUCCUCAAAUACCAGAAAUAAUAAGUUUUGAUCUCGUUCGAACAUUUCCACGUACACAGAAGUGUAUAUGCAAUAUAGUUGGUUGAAGUUAUAGCACAAUUAUGUCAAACGAAAUUAUUAAAGGUCCAAGAAAACGAAUAAUGACGACAUGCAACAAUGUAUCGGAACAAGCACACCAUGUUUCAAGAGCAAAACGUGGACAAGCAGUAGGAAGUGUGAGAGGUUUUCGUGGAUGUACAGUUUGGCUAACAGGACUUUCUGGUGCAGGAAAAACUUCUAUAGCUUUUCAAGUCGAAGCUAUUUUAGUUAACCAUGGGAUUGCAGCUUAUGGUCUAGAUGGAGAUAAUGUAAGAAGUGGUUUAAACUGCAACCUUGGUUUCAGCAAAGAAGACAGAAAAGAAAAUAUAAGAAGAGUAGCAGAAGUAGCUAAACUGUUUGCAGACAGCAGUCAAAUUUGUUUAUGUAGUUUCGUGUCUCCAUUUGAAGAAGAUAGACAAAUGGCUAGACAAAUACAUAAAAUGUCGGAUCUUCCAUUUUUCGAAGUUUUUGUGGACACACCCCUCAAUGUGUGUGAAGCUAGGGAUACAAAAGGAUUAUACAAAAAGGCACGUCAAGGAAUCAUUAAAGGUUUCACUGGAAUAGAUCAAAUGUACGAGAGACCAAUAAAUCCUGAUUUGAUAGUAACUACUGAAAAUUGUAGCCCAGAAGAAUCUGCUGCAACAGUCAUUAAUUUUUUGGAGAAACAAUGUAUUAUUCCAGUACUUCAAAAAUCCACAGUACUCAUAAGAGAAUUGUUCGUCCCAGAAUCACGAAUAGUAUUUGUUGAAGCAGAAGCUUCUACACUUCAAAGUUUAGAAAUUAGUAAAAUAGAUGUGCAAUGGCUACAAGUUUUAGCUGAAGGUUGGGCUGCUCCUCUUACUGGUUUUAUGAGAGAAAAUCAAUACCUCCAGGUUCAACAUUUAAAAUGUCUUAUAGAAGAUAACAAGGAAAUUAAUCAAUCUGUCCCAAUAGUUCUUGCAAUAAGCACAGAGGAUAAGGAACGUUUGGAUGGACAUUCAGCUUUUACACUGAAAUAUGAAAAUAAAUCUCUUGGAAUAUUACGUAGGCCAGAAUUCUAUUUUCACAGAAAAGAAGAGAGAUGUGGAUGGCAAUUUGGUACUAAUAAUCUGAUCCACCCAUAUGUUAAAAUGAUUUAUGAAUCUGGAGAUUGGUUGGUGGGUGGUGACAUAGAGGUUUUCAAAAGAAUUAGAUGGCAUGAUGGAUUGGAUAAGUAUAGGCUUACACCAAAUGAAAUUAGAGCGAGAUGUAAACAAAUGAAAGCUGAUGCUGUGUUUGCAUUUCAGCUUCGAAAUCCUGUACAUAAUGGUCAUGCAUUAUUAAUGCAAGACACAAAAAAACGUUUAUUAGGUGAAAGAGGAUUUAAGAAUCCUGUAUUACUUUUACAUCCAUUAGGUGGAUGGACGAAAGAUGAUGAUGUACCAUUGCAUACAAGAAUUCUUCAGCAUGAAGCUAUAUUUAGUGAUGGUGUAUUAGAUGCUAAUUCUACAAUAUUAGCAAUUUUUCCAAGUCCAAUGAUGUAUGCUGGGCCAAUCGAGGUACAAUGGCAUGCAAAAGCUAGAAUGAAUGCAGGCGCUAACUUUUAUAUUGUUGGAAGAGAUCCAGCAGGUAUACCACACCCUAAUAAAAAUUCAGUUCCUGAUGGAAAUCUUUAUGAUCCAACUCAUGGAGCUCGAGUUCUUUCAAUGGCUCGAGGUUUACAAAAUUUAGAAGUAGUACCUUUCAAAAUGGCAGCAUAUGAUAUAAAAUAUAAGAAAAUGUCAUAUUUUGAUCCAGCGCGAACGAAAGAUUUCGAGUUUAUAUCAGGAACAAAAAUGCGUGGAUUAGCAAAAGCAGGUGAAAAUCCACCUGAUGGAUUUAUGUCACCCAAAGCAUGGCUUGUUUUGGCACAAUAUUAUCAGAGUCUGGAAAAAUGAAAAACAUCUAGUAGAAUGAGAGAAAUAUUAACUAAUUUAAUAAACAUAUUUGGGAUAAAAUUAAUUUUACAAUGUAUUUCUUAAUUUCUAUUUCGUAUAAAUACAAAAUCUAAUUGUAUUUUCCAUA